UCGAUUUUUCGUGGUUCCAAAAUUUCAUCAAAACACUAGUUUAAAUCAAAACGAAACGUUGCUAAAUUGCAGUAAAACUAUAGAUUUGGUACGAUGGCGUCUGCUCAGCGUGCUUUUGCUUCCAAACUUACCAAACACAACUCAUCCGACAUUCGCAAAAAUGUUGCCAAUUACCAACUGCUAUCGAAGAGCGAUAGCAGUUCAGUGUGUUCUUCGUCGAUAUCUCUAUGUGAAUUGGUGGAACCAAUUGAUUACGAAGAUUUCCUGACACAGCAUUCUAGCUUGCUUAUGCGUGAUCCAUUGCGAUCGAUUCUAGAUUUUCCGAUCAGUGACGUACAAAUCCGAAUAGUUCCACGGAAAAUAAGAACUAUCGAACAUGUAGUUCCAAAGGAGAACAUUACAGAGCUGCCACUGCAUGUCCAACAAUGUGUGGAUUGCUAUACACGGCCCUGGAAAAUGGUUGAAUUUGCACAGCGACACUAUUCAAGUUCUUGUAACUGUACUAGCAGGGAGCGCGUUGACAAGGGUGCCCUGAGUCCAAGCGCUUUCCAGCAGGAGUUUGAAAUCGACCGAGACUACUUUGGAUGUGCUUCGUUAGAGGAAUCUGUCACUUCGACGACGCUGUAUGCGAGUGAAAGCUGCACUCCCAGCAGUCGACAGUCCAUCGCGAGCCUAUCAUCGGUUUCCACUUGCACAGAUACACUGACUCCGCGGGGAUCAUGGGCGUCGUUUGAUCUGCGCAGUUCGGUGAAUGAUCCACUGAUUCCAGGUUUGUUGGAACGGUCGGCACCGGAAACAAUCGAUCAGAGCAACGAAUGCCGAAGGCUUGAGGAAAGACAGCAGGCUUUGUUCAGCUUAUACCCUGAAGCGGAUCCAGAUGAUGUGGUGGAAAAACGUCUUCCAGCCGAAAUGCCUACGGAACAUCUGGGAAACAGAAUUCAUGUCAAGUGUUUACAACUGAAAUUGGAACUUGAAGUGGAGCCAAUCUUUGCCUCAAUGGCAAUUUACGAUGCGAAGGAGAGGAAAAAAAUAUCGGAAAACUUCUACUUUGAUAUGAAUUCGGAAUCCUUAAGAAGAAUGUUAGUAUCGCAUGUUCCUUAUGCUGAUAUCAGUACUCAAGCAAGGGAAGCAAUAUUCGAUAUAACUAAUCCUAGCAAUGAGCUUUACUUGGUGAUUCGACUGGAAAAAGUUCUACAGGGCGAUAUUAAAGAUUCGGUGGAACCAUAUUUGAAGGAUGACAAAGACAAAUAUCGAGAUAAGGCUAAGUCGAAUGCAUCCGAUUUCUGCGAGAGGCUUGGUAAAUAUCGCAUGCCGUUUGCAUGGACCGGUAUUUAUUUGACCAAUAUUUUUAACGGAGAUAACUUGGAAAGUGAUAAAGAUCGAGAAAGUUUGACUUCUGCGUCUAGUUCGAAUAGCUUGGAUCGCAAAUCUUCGUCUAGUAGUUUUGAUCAGUUCCGCAAAAGGGCUACCGAUAUGGGGACUCUUACUCGCCGGGGUUCUCUCGAAAGAAAGAUGGAAAAGCGUAGAUCUUGGUCACCGGAUGAUUUUGCCAAUAGCAUUGAGACUUUUCGACCAAUUUCGAUUACCGUUUCUAGUUUCUUCAAGCAAGAGUCUGAUAAAAUGAAAGAUGAGGAAUUGUAUAAGUUUUUACCGGAAUUGAAACGUCCCGGUGCACUGAUGAAAAAGCACAAGUGCAUUCCCGGUUCGAUUAAAAUUGAAAUUUCUCCGAUUCCAGAGGAUCUCAAAUGCUCUCUAACGCCGGAACUGGCUAAAAUAGAUCCAUAUCCCAACGAUCACACGCGACCCACCAAAGAGAUUUUAGAAUUUCCCUCCACUACCAUUCUGAAUCCACAUUACAGCUACCGCAAUCUUCUCUUCGUGUCGCCGAAAGAACUGAAUUUCUCCACUCGGGCCGGAUCUGCUCGAAACAUCGCUGUUCGAAUUCAACUGAUGUCCGGGGAAAACCAAUCGGAUGCUCUUCCAGCAAUUUUUGGACGUAGUUCGUGCCCUGAAUACACUGCCGAGGCGUUCACUGCCGUCAAUUAUCACAACAAACAGCCAACUUUUUAUGAUGAAACCAAAAUUGCCCUCCCGGCAAAUCUGAAGCAAAAUCAUCACAUACUUUUCACAUUGUUCCACGUAUCCUGCCAGAAGAAACCGCAGGAGGUUCAGGCAGCAAUCGAAACUCCGGUCGGCUAUACAUGGCUUCCAAUUUUGAAAGAUGGUCAUUUGAAUGUGGGUGAAUUCAACUUGCCUGUUAUGGUAGAGGAACCACCGGAUAAUUACUCGUUCAUUCCACCCGACGUUCAGCUACCGGGUACCAAGUGGCUCGAUAAUCACCGACCCGUGUUCUCGGUGACGAUCGACGCCGUUACAUCGGUGCACGCUCUCGAUGACUAUCUGGACAAGUUUAUUUAUCUCUGUGAAUGUUUGGAUAUGCGAAAGGUGCCACCGCGCAUCGGUGAGGGUAAUAUGGAGCGUGAGUUCAAGCGGACACUGCAAGAGUUGCAGAGUGCUGAUCAGGAGAAGUUGGUGAAGAAUUUGCAGGUGAUUUUGGAUAAACUGGUUGAAUUGCUCGUUACCACCUAUCGCAUUGGAGGCGAGGCCUUGUCGCUGGGUCAAACGGUAUUCGAAACUAUUUGCCAAAUCUCUGAUAAGAUUUUCUUUCUACAGCCCGAUGAGCGCUAUGGACGACAGAGUAUACUGAGCACUUAUAUUCAAUUUCAAUGCAAAAUUCCACACCCAUUGGAUCCGAAAUGUAAAUUGUCGUCAUACAACCGUCACGGACAAGGUGGUAAUUCGGAGGAAAUGACACGAUCGACGAGCAAUCCAGAUCUGCAGCAGAAUUGUCCAGUCCGAGGUUCGGAAAUGACCAGCUCCAUGAGUGGAAAGCUGAUAGAUCGUGCUGCUAGUAUGCGUACCGAAAUGUCCCCGAGCGCCAGUGGACCGAAAGAUGGUUUGGUGAGGCUGCUGCACGAAGAAAUUGCACUAAAUUGGGUCGUUGCCAGUGGCUCAGCAGCGGAACUCUCGAUGACUAACUCCUGGAUGUUGUUCGAGCUGAUAAUCAAGAGCAUGAUUGAGCACUUGGAAUUGACCAACUCAUUGAACUCACCACGGAAAAAUCGGUUUCCACAUCAAUAUACCGAUGACAUUUCAACGUUGGUUCAUUUAGUUACAACGAAAGUGGUUGGAUAUAAUAGUAGCGACCCGAAACUAGCACAAUCGAUUAAUUCCAGUUUGGCCUUUUUUGUGUUCGACUUAUUGAGUAUUAUGGAUCGUGGUUUCGUGUAUGGAUUGAUAAAAACUUAUUACAAAGUUAUAAUGACUAAAAGUUCGUCUACUCCGGAUAUGAUGCUCUAUAAGCUUGAUUUCCUACGCAUUGUUUGCAGUCAUGAACAUUUCGUAGCGUUGAAUCUACCUUUUGGGACACCGUACACUGCUUUGUCGGCUCCUUGCAGCCCUACACCGAGCGUCACUUCCAACAAUAGCCAAAAUUCAUACGUUAGCGCAAUGGCAGGAAUUGAUAAGGCUCUCUAUGCUGAACUUAGCGCCGAAUUUCGGCAGCAACAUUUCCUAGUCGGACUGGUUCUUCAAGAACUGGCUUCGGUACUAGAUAUCUCGAACGCACCACUUCACGGCAAAGCAAUUCGCUGCCUAAGAAAUUUACUUACUUCACAUGAUUUGGACCCGAGAUAUAAUGAGACUGAAGCUCGUGCUCGUGUAGCGGCUCUCUAUAUUCCCCUUUUGGGUAUUGUAAUGGAUACCAUUCCACAAUUGCACACACCGGCUGCCGAGUCUCAUGAUCGGUUGAACACAAUCGGUUUGUUAGAUGACUACCAGGGCCCGACCACAACCAUCGCAACGACUACCAUCAACCCGGAAGUAGCUUAUGCCAUCUCCGGUAUUCGAAACUACUGCUACGUUCAAGAAACGCCAAAAAACAAAACUCCUCUGAGCAGUGAAAACACGCGUCAUCUCCUGUCUUGCUUUCUGUGGGUCGUGAAAAAUCUUGAACAAAGCACCCUUUAUAAAUACACUCUUGGAUUAAGUCCACAUCGAGUUCAUCAGAUGCUCCAAGUGCUAAACAUUUGUAUUCCUAAUUUUGAGUACCGCGGCCGCAAAAAACCAACAUCCAAACGCAAUACGUCUAGUUUCCGAAAGACGCCGGAUAUGAAGGAAAAGCUGGAGGAAUGUAUUCGGGGAACCGGUUCCGCUCGAAACGAUCUCAUCAAUCGUCGUAAAGAUCGGUACUCAACGGAAAAAUUCCGAUGGAAGAAAGAUCAAAUCCGGACUCAGUUCUACGACAGCAACAUUAAAAACGAGGCCGAGCUGGAGAUCACCUACUAUAUAGAGGGCUCAUUGGCCACCGAAGUCUGUCUUACCAUUUUGGACACGCUGGAGCUCAUUGUACAGGUGGCUUCGACGUCCGAAUUGCAUCACAAUUUACUGGGAACGGUUCUGAAAGUGCUACUGCACGCGCUCUCCCGAAACCAAAGCACGCUGGCCCUGCAGAAUCUGUUCGCCUCCCAACGGUCUCUUAUUUUCAAAUAUCACAAUCUGUUGUUCGACGAAGAAACCGAUAGCUGUGCAGAUUUGUGCUUACUGCUUCUGAAGCACUGCGGUUCGCAGUUGCCGACCGUUCGUUCUCAGGCGGCAGCUUCGUUGUAUUUACUUAUGAGGCAAAACUUUGAGAUUGGAAAUAAUUUCGCUCGUGUUAAAAUGCAGGUGACUAUGUCACUCAGUUCGCUAGUGGGUACAAGUUCUUCGUUUAGCGAGCAAUCGCUUCGGAGGGCGUUGAAAACCAUUCUCGUGUACGCUGAAUCGGAUACCGAUCUGCAGGAUACAUCCUUCCCGGAACAGGUGCAGGAUUUAUUAUUCAAUUUACACAUGAUUUUAUCGGAUACAGUUAAAAUGAAGGAAUAUCAGGAAGACCCAGAAAUGCUACUGGAUUUGAUGAAUCGAAUCGCAAAGGGCUAUCAGAACUCGCCAGAUCUUCGUUUAACUUGGCUUGAAAAUAUGGCCAAAAAGCACAUGGAAAGAGCCAAUCACACCGAAGCAGCAAUGUGUUAUGUGCACAGUGCUGCCUUGGUUGCUGAAUAUCUGAGUAUGCUAGAAUCGCAGACUCACCUUCCGGUUGGAGCAGUAUCUUUCAAGCACAUCUCGCCGAAUGCUCUCAUGGAAUCCGCUGUUUCCGACGAUGUACUUAGCCCUGGUGAAGAUGGAAUUUGCUUAGGAAAUCGCUUCACCGAGGGAGGACUCAAGGCGCUUCUUGAGGAGGCUUCAAAUUCCUUCCAGAUUGCCGGAAUGUACGAGGCAAUGAAUGAUGUCUAUAAGGUAUUGAUUCCAAUAUGUGAAGCGAACAGAGAUUUUCGUAAACUGGCACAAGUUCAUGGAAAACUGCAAGAAGCAUUCAACCGAAUUGCUCAGCUGCACGGUAAACGUGUCUUUGGAACCUACUUUAGAGUAGGAUUCUACGGAGCCAAGUUUGGUGAUCUUGAUCAGCAGGAGUUCAUCUAUAAAGAACCGACAUUGACCAAGUUACCGGAGAUUUUCAGCCGAUUACAGAACUUUUAUGCUGAUCGCUUUGGACCGGAUGUGGUCCAGAUUAUCAAAGAUUCCAACACGGUCGACAUCAAGUCACUUGAUCCAGAAAAAGCAUACAUUCAAAUUACCUAUGUCGAGCCGUACUUUGAAACUUACGAGUUGAGAUAUCGUGAAACGUACUUCGAGAGGAAUUUCAACAUAAAACGGUUUAUUUUUGCGACGCCCUUCACCAAGUCCGGCAAAGCACACGGUGAGCUGCACGAGCAGUGCAAACGAAAAACUAUUCUCACAACGGCAAAUCAUUUCCCGUACGUGAAGACCCGUAUCCAGGUGGUUAGUCGUGAGCAAAUCGUCCUCGAGCCGAUAGAGGUGGCAAUCGAAGAUAUCCAGAAGAAGACAGCCGAACUGGCAGCUGCCACCAAUCAGGAACCGGCCGACCCGAAGAUAUUGCAAAUGGUACUUCAGGGUUGCAUUGGUACUACCGUCAACCAAGGUCCGAUGGAGAUGGCACUGGUGUUCCUGUCGGGCAUAGCGGACAACACAACCAUUCCCACAAAGCAUCAGAACAAGCUUAGGCUUUGCUUCAAAGACUUCUCUAAGAAGUGCUCCGAUGCGUUGAAGAAAAAUCGUAACCUCAUUCUGGCGGACCAAAAGGAUUACCAAAAGGAACUGGAACGGAAUUAUGCUCGGUUCACCGAACGGCUGGCACCGCUAAUUACCAUCAGCCCUACGCAAGCGCAAGGGGUCGUAGCCGCAAACAACGGAUUGCACAACAGUAAACUCACACCAUUAAGAUGGUAAGUUAUAUAAAUCUAGGGAAAAUUUGCUUGUAAGCAUAGACCCAGAAAUUUCGUGAUAAAUGUGUAAGAAUAAUGGCGGAUUGACAAGCCAAACCGUUCUUACAAUAAUUAUAAUCUGUACCAGUUAUGUUUCAAUUGAAUCGUACUGCAAUGUCUCGAACCAAAAACAUAAAUAGAUUUAAUGUUUUAUUUACUUACUAUUUUAAUUGUAUUUCUUAAGGAUGCAGGGUAACUUUUCGUUGAUAAAUUAAAUUUUUCAAAUACUUUUAUCAUAAAAUUCAUUGGAUAAUAUCUAAUCAAUAA